GUAAGCACACUAGACUGGGUACGAGCUGAAAAAAUCUAUAACCUCUGUGAGGUUCUAUUUAAAAUUCACAAGCUCUGGCUUGCUGAUGAUUGCUGGCUACAAGCAAACUUGUAUUUAGGUAUUCAUCAGGACUUUGAUCUAGAAGACCAGAGGCCGUAUUGUUUCAGUGUUAUGGUUGGACAUGGCAAGAGUCAUUAUUUCAAUGUAGAGCUGGGCAGCGAGUUGGUGGUGUGGGAGAAAUCAUUUCAAAGAGCGAUUUUCUUGGAAGUUCAAAGAACAGGGUCUAAAACAUAUAUGUGCACUUGGCAAGGGGAUACCCUGUGUUUCACAGUCGACUUUGCUCUGGGAUUUACCUGUUUUGACAGUAAAACAAAGAAUGUGUUGUGGAGGUUUAAAUUCUCUCAGCUCAAAGGCUCUUCAGAUGAUGGGAAAACAAGAGUAAAGCUCCUUUUUCAGAAUCUAGACACCAAACAAAUUGAGACAAAGGAACUUGAAUUUCAGGAUCUGACGGCAGUUUUACACUGUAUUCACUCCUUUAUAGCAGCAAAAGUGGCAUCUGUGGAUCCAGUAUUCAUAGACAGUCAGAGUAUUGCAAGAAAAUAUACGUACAGUAACUGA